AUGAAAUCCCUGGGACUCAUCUUUGCUGUCGCCUCACUCUUAAUCUUUCUCAUCACCACUCCCGUAAAUGCAGGCGUUGAAGUGCUUAACCCUUAUACUGGAAUUGUGUGGAAUGGUGGGGAGACUCAACAGAUUACAUGGAAGGAAAAUGGUAAUUCGCCAGCAUUGACUUCUUUGAAGAAAUUGACCAUUACCCUGAUGACAGGCACACAGGAGUCUCAAUUCCCAGUGGUAGUGAUUGCAUCUAACGUCGACGGAACAUCUUUAUCAUACAGUUAUACCGUACCAAAGAACGUUGGUCCUGAAGGGAGCAGCUACUUCCUAAAAUUUUCUCAAGACACCAAUCUUUACUUCUCUGGAGAUUUCACCAUAAAAGGCGUUAGCGGCAAAGUUCCCAACUUUAGCAGUACAGGUGCUGUAUCUGGCACCUCCACCGACUCGUCUUCCUCCACAGGCACCUCCACGGCUACUACGUCGCUCAAUUCCACCAAAACUUCCACUUCAACUAAAACAGGUACAACAUCAACUUUGACCGAUUUGACAACAUCAACUAAAACUGGAGAUGCCGCCAAGAGCAACAGUGGACCUACGACUACGCAAUCUCCGGUAGCUAAAUCAAGUAGUGGCAACAACUUGAUGGCUAGUGUUUCGACAUUGUCAAUUACUUUGUUUGCUAUAGCAUUCUACUUAUUUUAA